GGGAAAGAAAAAGCCGCUUCUCCCCUAAAAUUAUAACCUUUUUGCCUUUGGUUUUCUUUCAUUUUCUCUGAUAUCUCUGUGCGAAUUCUUUCGAGACAAAAGCAUCAGCAGAAGCAGCAGCAGCAGCAGCAGCUCCACAGCAUCACAACGCUCCCCCUCCCCCCUUCUGACACCUAAGCUUCUUUCAAAUCAUGAUACUAACUCUUUUUCUUUUAACGAUUCACACCUCGUAUUCACACCCCCUCACCAUCCUCUUCCUCGUUUCCGUCUACCACUAAAAUCCUCCCUCCUCUAUUCUCCUCCUAAAUAACACAAUUAUUUUUUGAUCUUCUCUUUUAUGAUUCAAGAAUCAUGACUGCGUUCUUUCCGCGGCGAAAGUGAUCGAUCCGUCAUCACCAUCACCUUCUACUCAUAUAUUUUAGUAGCAGUUGCUUUCGAUCUUGACCUACUAUGGAAAGUCAUCAGCAUCAUCAUCAUCAUCAGUAUGGCAGCAGCAGCAGCGUUCAUAUUGACACGGGUGGUGGCGGUGGUGGCGAUAGGUUCCCUCAAUGGAGUAUUCAAGAAACCAGGGAUUUCUUGAUGAUUCGGGCAGAGCUGGAUCCUACCUUCAUGGAAACCAAGCGGAACAAGCUUCUCUGGGAAGUCAUCGCCACCAAAAUGAGGGAAAAGGGUUACAAUCGCAGCGCUGAGCAGUGCAAAUGCAAGUGGAAAAACCUCGUUACCCGAUACAAAGGAUGUGAAACCAUGGAACCGGAAGGCGUACGACAGCAGUUUCCAUUUUAUAAUGAUUUGCAAACAAUUUUCGCUGCUAGGAUGCAAAGAAUGCUAUGGAUGGAGGCCGAGGGCGGAGCUGGCAGUUCGAAGAAGAAAGCGGCACAGCUUUCCUCGGACGACGAGGAUGAUAACGACGACAGCGAGGUUGAGAGAGCCCAUAAAAAGAAACGGAAGCUUAAAGCGGGUGGCGGUGGCGGAGGUGGAGGGGCGAGUAGUGCUUCUGCAUCCGCCGCAGCUGGAGGAAAUGUUGUGAAUAGUUUGAAGGAAAUACUGGAUGAAUUCAUGAAGCAACAGAUGCAAAUAGAAAUGCAAUGGAUGAAAGCGUACGAGGCAAGAGAAGAGGAGAGAAGGAAAAGGGAGACGGAGUGGAGACAGACGAUGGAGGCCUUGGAAAACGAAAGGUUGAUGAUGGACAAGAGGUGGAGAGAGCGGGAAGAGCAAAGAAGGAUUAGGGAAGAAGCCAGGGCCGAGAAUAGGGAUGCCCUCAUCACAGCUCUUUUGAACAAGCUUCAAAGGGAAGACAGGUGAAGAGUCACCUGCUCUAGUCUUUUCUCAUUCUUUGAUCUUUUGUUGUUCUCGAAAGAUGAAGAGCACCCUUGAGAGGUUUGUACUGCUCCAUCUAAAAAACUCUCAUCUUUGGAAAUGAAACAUUAUGCUUAUUAGACAUCGUUUAUUACUAGGACAAAAAUUCAGCCCUGCUUUCCUCACCUCCAUAAAAUGUUUCCCUUAAUUUC